AUGGAUGAAGAAUUUCAGCGCCUGCAAAUGCAAAGAGAACAGCAGGAAGCUAAUCUAAACAUGAUUGUUCAGCAAACUGGAGAAGUUAAGCAGAUUACAAUCAUGAUUGGCGACGAAUUAGAAAAUCAAAAUAAAAUGCUUUUAGAUGUAGAUAAUAAGAUGGAUACUGUUCAAGAUAAAAUCAAGAAAAAUAUUGAAGCAAUGGAGAAACUUACGCAAUCUUCAAAUGGACCAUUAAUUUUAAUUUGUGUCAUAUUAACACUUGUUUUGAUUGGUUUGUUAUAUUGGGCGUUAUAA